AUGGAGAACUACACCUACAACAGCCUCACUCUGCAGCUGGAGGGGCUGAACAUCCCGGAGGACUCCACCUACCCGGUCUUUUUCUUCCUCUUUUUCUCCUACUUCAUCAUUAUGCUCUUGAACAUCGGCAUUGCUCUGCUGGUUUUCAUUGAUAAGAACCUUCACCAGCCCAUGUACCUCCUUUUCUGCAACCUGCCCUUUAACGACAUCGUGGGAAACUCCAUCUCGCUUCCUCGUGUGCUGGUAGAUUUACUGCGCCCUCCCUCUGAACGCUCCAUCAGUUACUAUGAGUGUAUCAUCCAAGCUUUCACCACACAUAUGUUUGGAACCACGAGUCACACAGUGCUCAUGAUCAUGGCGUUUGACCGAUAUUUGGCCAUCUGUAACCCUCUGCGUUAUGCUUCCAUAAUGACGAAUAAGAUGGUGAUAAAGCUGACGGUGUGGGCCUGGGGGUCGGCCUUUGUGUUAGUGGGGAUCCUCCUGGGUUUGACCAUCCGGUUGAACCGCUGCAGGACUAUGAUCAUGCACGCGUACUGUGAUAACGCCUCUCUUUUCAAGCUCUCCUGUGAGAGUGUUGUCAUUAAUAAUGUUUACGGCCUGACUUUCACAGUGAUCCUGCUCACCUCCUCCAUCGGCAGCAUCAUCAUCACGUACACCAAGAUCACAGUGGUCUGUCUGACCAGUAAGAACAAGUCUUUGAACAGUAAAGCCUUAAAAACCUGCAGCACCCACCUUGUCGUAUAUCUGGUCAUGCUUUUCAGUGGGAUACUCAUCAUCACUCUGCAUCGCUUUCCCCAGUACGCUUUUUACAGGAAACUCUCCAGCAUUUUGUUUCACAUCAUCCCUGGAAGCCUUAACCCCAUCAUCUACGGUGUGCAGUCCAAAGAGAUCCGGAAGUUUCUGUACAAGUUGUUUGAGUCCAAAAAAGUUCUACCAUCAUUUCAAAGAUAA